AUGCAACAACAUAGUGUGCUCUGGAUCUUCAAAUCGCUGAGUCCUACGAUUGCAGAAGGAGUUUUAUACCUUGAAGUUGCAUCGGAUGUCUGGAAUACUCUGAAGAAGAGGUAUUCUCAGGUUGAUUCACACAGGAUUGCUGAAUUGCAGAAUGAGAUCUUCAAAUGUUCUCAAGUCAUGGAACCUAUUCCAGCCAUGGAAAAAGUUCUCAAUAUGACUUUAAAGAUGGAAAGGAAGCUCAGGAAUUCUCUUAGUCAGAAGAACAAUGAUCUAGUUCAAGCUAAUGUUGUUCAAGGUGGUGGAGAUCAGAGUGCAGAUGAUCAACCUGUGGUUUCAGCCUUAAGCAACAACAACAAGAAGAAAUACAACAGUUGGGUAGCAGGUUAUAAGUCUAAGAAUAAACAACAGCCUCAAGAUGCUCAGCAGGUCCACAAUGCUUCUGUGAACCAAAUUGGUGAUAUAGGCCUCACUAAUGAUCAGUUUCAAAGGCUAUUGUCAUUGUUGCAGAAUCAGAAUCAAGGAAGUCAAGCAUCAACUAAUGCAGCUGUGACUGUCAACACUACUGGACUGAGACCAGAAUUCAGAAAUCCCAUGGAGAAACAUCAUGAAGGCAAGUUUAUCUCUAACCUUCAUGGAAUGUCUGUUAAGUUACCAAAUGGAGAAAUGUUGAGUGUAUCACAUAUAGGACAAGUCAAGUUGCAUAAAAACAUAUUGUUGCAGGAUGUCUUACAUAUUCCCUCCUUCACUUUCAACAUUAUAUCUGCAAGCAAGUUAGUGAGACAAUCAGGCUAUGAAAUCAUUAUGAAACCUAACUCUUGCACCAUUCAGGGACAUCUUUGGAAUAUGGAUGGUUUUGCUAAGGAAAGAGAUGGAUUAUACAUACUUUCUGAUCCACCUAUGAAGAAGCAGAUGUGUGGUGUGAAUGAAGAAUCUGAUAUACUUUGUAAUGGUUUUUCUCUGCAAUUGUGUCUGGAUUGGCCUGAUGAUUUUUGGGGCCACUGUAUCCUACACUCCUCUUAUUUGAUUAAUAGACUUCCUACUGAUGUUCUAAAUGGUAGCACUCCAUUUCAGAUAUUGUUUGGGAAGGAUGUGGAUUAUGAGCAUUUCAGAUCCCGUUGGUUGUUUAGCUUUUGCUGGCAACUAUUUCACCAGGGAGGAACAAGAUGGGAUCCAAGGCCUCAAAGUACAUAUUCUUGGGUUUUCCCUGCUAAUGUCAAAGGCUACAUGUUAUAUGAUGUUAUUAACAAAGUUACUUUUGUUUCUAGGGAUGUCAAAUUCUAUGAACAUGUUUAUCCUUUCAGAGACAAAAAUCUAGAUGUCAAUAAGCCUGCAUCAGAGUUGUUUAAUCCCACCUUUCCUCUUGUUCCCAUUUCUGUUGAAGCAGAUGCUAGUUCUUUAGAGCCAACAAGAGGACAUGUUAUCCCUGCAGCCACAUCUCAAAGUUGUGACAACAACUCUGAUGGAGAUAACCAGUAG